GUGUUUUCUAAGAAAAAGAAAGAGAGCGAGACAGUGUAGUGGCUGUAAUGUAUUUGAUGUUCUCAUUGGUGCCCCCCUCUAACGUGUCACAAUUUCUGGUAGAUUAACCCAGAUAUGGGGAGCAUCAUCAGGUGUUGAAGUACCACUCCCGCUCUCUUCACCCUUGUCUUCGAGGCAUCCACCUGCAGGAACAAGCACCUGAUGACUGAAAAAACAACUUCAGGAACUUGUGUAAACCAACUCAGGAACAACACGUAUUUCAACAUGUUUUCUUCCAUUUGAUCGAUUAUUUUACCAACGUCUUGUGCCUUUCAAAUACAUAGAGUUCGAGACUCCACCAACAUGCUGUUCUCUUCAUCUUCAACAUUGCCAAUGUAUUUAUUGAUGACGUCUCUGCUGGUGAUGGGCCUGGAGGCUGCGGCCACUGCAGGGACCACUCCGGGCUGCGCGUCCUGCGGCAUGCCGCUAAUGGAGAAGGAUGCGGAGCAGAGGCUCCUGGUUGAAAUCGCCAAGCAGCAGAUCUUGAACAAGCUGCACCUGAAAGAGAGACCAAAUAUCACAUCGACUGUGUCCCGCGCUGCACUUCUCACCGCGCUCCGCAAACUGCACGCGGGACGUGUCAGACCGGACGGAACCAUUGAACUUGAAAACAAGAUCAAGGAAACCAAAGAUCUGGGAUAUGAAAUAGUGAGCUUCGCAGAAAUGGAUGAGAUGAACACUACUACUGGCGCCCAGCCAGGCCUCACCUUCCAGUUCCAGCAGGAGAGAGACCACAGCAUCCAGGUGCUUCAAUCUGCCCUGUGGCUGUAUGUCCACUCCUCCGACACCCCUAACCGGGGUCCCCGCCCCACCGCCACAGCCCACAUCUAUCUGUCUAGCCCUGGGGAGAGCAGAUCCAACCACACCCUCCUCUUGGAGAAGAUCUUGGAUGUGCAGAAGAGCAACUGGCAUACCUUCCCCAUCACCCACACCUUACAGGCCUUCCUGGACGGGGCCAAGCGGCAGCUACAGCUUGAGGUCACCUGCAAGGAGGCCGGGUUUGAGCCGGGCCAAGGCCAGAACCUGUGUGAGUUGGGUAAGACCAUGGACAUGGCUCAUCAGCCAUUUGUGGUGGCCCAGGUGCGGCUCCGUGACAACUUCAAACACAUCCUCCAGAGGAGGUCCCUGCGUUGCGGGGACAACGUCAGCGUUUGCUGCAAGAAGGACUUCUACGUCAAGUUCAAGGAUAUCCAGUGGCAGGACUGGAUCAUAGCUCCAGAAGGGUACCACAUGAAUCACUGCAUGGGUCAGUGUCCCCAGGCCCUGGCCGGGUCUCCGGGCAUCGCGUCUUCUUUCCACGCCACAGUGUUCAGUCAGCUUAAAGCCAACGGCAUCAAUUCAGCGGUUUCUUCUUGCUGCGUGCCCAUCCAGCGCAGGCCUCUGUCUAUGGUCUACUUCAACUCACAGCACAGCAUUGUCAAGACCGACGUCCCUGAUAUGAUCGUGGAGUCCUGCGGCUGCACGUAAACACACAAAAGAGAAAGACCAGACAUUCAGCUUAUGAUGCUUUUAGUCUGAGAAGACUAGAUUGAAUUUGUUACACACACACACACACACACACACACACACACACACACACACACACACACACACACACACACACACACACACACACACACACACACACACACACAGAAUAAUUUAAGGUAUUCAUUCUUUCUCUAUCAAUUUGAUAGAGGGAUUUUGCACAGAAAGUGAGAAUGAGACUUCAAUGUCUUGUAACUGGCAGACCUGGUUCAAAUACUAUAUAGGGUAUUUCAAUUACUUUCAAAGACAUUUAGAAGUAAGUAUUUCAGUAUAUAUAUAAAAUAAAAUCUUGAUUUUUUUUUCAAGACAUGUAGUUGAAUAUUGUAAUAUAUUUGGAAAUACACUUGGAAAGUAUUUGGAAAUACUUACAUACACUUACUCAAAUACACUCCCAAGCAUUUUGAAAAUAGUAUUUGAAAUAAAUAUUUGGAAAUACUUUCAAAUAGUACGUAGGCUAAAUAUGGGAAAUUAUUUGAAAAUACUUCCAAAUAAAACUCAUUCUGUAUUCGAAACGUUCUUGAAAUCCACAGAGCUACAUGCUGCACUCUUAGAAAAGGGGGUCCAAAAAGGUUCUUCAUCUGUCCCGAUAGGAGAACCCUUUUUGGUUCCACAUAGAGCCCUUUUUAGGUUCCAGGUAGAACCAUCUGUGGAAACGGUUCCAC